GUACCAGUGCGUUUUUGUCUAAGAAUCUUGCGCUACAUCGUUUUUCCCGUGACCUCGCUCGUCUGUCAGCACCAUGAUAAGUAGAGUGGGAAGUGUCCCCCGGCCCCGGCGCUCUUUUGCUGUCUUCUUUGUGUAAAGUUGAAUUGAGCGGAUUUUGUGCUCCUUUCUUACCCCAACCAAGACAGGAUGUCGAAGAAACAGAAAAAAUCCACCACCGCCGAACCCCCGGAGCCAACGCCAAACCCGUCCCCCGCUGGUACAAAGAAGCAAGAUAUCGACGACGUCGUCCCUAAAGUCGCUGCGACAGGUACAACAAGAAAUAGGGAUAAGACCAGCACCCGGGUUGUGAAGUGCGACACCUGGGUAGUGAACGCGUUCACGACCCGGACGUUUGCAGGUAACCCGGCCGCGGUGGUGGUGUUUGACUACGAUUAUAUGGAGGAAUUCCACUGGGAUUGGCGAAUCGAUCACGACGGGGAAGUCUCCGUGCCACAUCCAACCGAAACGCCAAAUUGGUUUUUGCACGUUGCCGCACAGAUGAAGCACAGUGAAACGGCUUUCGUCUGGCCCAUGAACAAAUUAUCCGACCACAACGAGGACAAGGCCGAGGGCUGCCCUGGAGGUUCUUUUAUCCGGCACGACACAAGAAAGAUGAACCCGGACGACAAGUUCUGUUUUCGCAUUCGGUGGUGGACCCCGACUAAUGAAGUCGACUUGUGCGGCCACGCGACCUUGGCCUCGGCCCACGUGCUUUUCCGACACGUUUUGCAGCGAGAACUACCCACAUCCAGUUCAGAAACGGCCUUUCCGCGGAGACCAGAAAAGAUUCACUUCUUCUACGAGAAAAGGGCGCAGUGGGCGGAGGUUGUACCGGCGAAUAUUGAGAGAUAUUUUCACGAUAGCGCAGCUGCAGGUGGUUCAACACUAGUAUCGCCACAUAAACUAGCAGCAUCUAGUACACCGGGGCCUCGUUCGUUCGCCACGAAUGCUUUGAAACUACAGCUCCCUUGCGACUACCCGUUGAAGGUUCUCAUCCACAGAAUAAACGAUAAAGCAGUACUAGACCGAAGCCUCUACGACAUGGAGCCGAUCAUCGGAACAACGCACGAGAUGAAGAACAAGCUGGACGCGGAUUGCGGCGCCGCGGUCUGCACCGAAAAGCUCGCGGAAUUGCUGUAUCUGAUCGCGGAAGAGAUUCUGCAGUCGAUAGUGCGAGGAUCAAGAACAGAGUUCUUCAAGGAUAGUUGUACUUCUUCUGUCGUGAACCUGUACUUCAGUGCAAAUACGAAGAAGUUGUUUAUAGAGCUCAACAGCAUCGGGAAUUGCGCCGAUGGAACUACAUCUUCUGACAACACGCACUUAGCAUCAUCGCUCGCGACUAUGGGGGAGGUGAGCAGCGAAACCAUGGAAAAAUGGGUCCAACUAACGCAAAAGCAAAGCUUGGAAACGAUGAUGUGCGGAACAAAGACAACAUCCCUUGCAAACCCUGGCGCGGACCCUGUUUCCACCGCAAAGACCGACGCGACCAUCCAUUUUGUUCAGAAAUGUGUCCGCGGGGUUUGUUUUUUUCAGAAAAUAACAACAUUUUCUUCUUCCCGAGUAGAUGACAGCACGGUUGAUCCGAUAUCAGCAUACCACACACGGUAUUUCUCCCCUUGGAACGGAAUCGGCGAGGACCCGGCCAACGGAAGCUCGCACGCGUCCUUAGCGCCGUUAUGGACUACAACAACAUCAAGAACGGCACGAGGUUCAACUGCAGCAACGACAAAAGCGGCAACGCGUGGUCCAAUCAAGUUUCUCUCCCAGAUCAAGAGCCAGCGGGGUGCGGAAAUGAUCGUGUCCGUGGGUCCCAAGCCCGGCUGCCGAGCGGAUAGCGUCAACCCGGCCGACUUGGCGACCUACAUUGAGGGGGAAGCCAGGACGGUGCUGACGGGGUCUAUGGAGUUCGAUUUCGGCCCUUCUGUUUGGGCGAGCGCGAACAAGUAGAACGACUGGCUUGUAAUCAGACAAGAAUACAUGAAUAAAAGGCUUCGGGAAUAGCAAGCUACUGACAACCUUCGUGGCGCACGGC